AUGACGUCUGCAGCAUCUGAAUCCGUGGCAACCAUUCUCUGCAACUCCAAGCAAACGCGCUUCCAAAUCACCAAUAAUCGCGAACUCGAUAUUGACGGAGUCAACAUCACCGUCACUUCCGGCGACAAACCAGUCGGCAAGGGAAAAGCAAAGGCGAAAAGCGAUGGUGUUGAGAUUCUUGCUGGCGCCAAACUUCGACUGAAGGAGGGUCAACGAUAUGCUCUUGUAGGGCGCAAUGGAACUGGGAAGUCAACGCUUCUCAAGGCUAUUGCUGAAAAGCUUAUCCCUGGUAUCCCAGAAGACACGAGGAUUGCAAUUCUCCAACAAACGAAACUCACAGAUGAAGGAUCUGGAGAUAAACCAGAACCCGCCAAUAGCGGCGAGUCAUCUGUUCUGGAACAGGUCAUUGAAAAGGCCACGGCCAAACAUGCAAUUGAGCAGGACAUCAAAGACCUCAAAGAGGGAAUAAACGCCUCCGAUCCAUUCGCUCCCGUCAAGGCUCUACGGCAUCACAAACAUCAAAAACACCAAGAGCGACUUUUCCGGCUAGACAAAGAUGCUCGACUUCGCAGCGGCGCCCGUGGAAUGGCUGCUCGCAAAGCACUUACUGCCUAUGAGAAAGUCGUGGCAGAUUCAACUGAACUGCUAGAGCAGUCAAACGAAGAUAUCUCACCGGAUACUCUUCAAGCUGAGACCCAAGAAGCAGUCGACAUGCUCGCUGAUCUCCAGAUCCAAGUCGACCCAACUCGUGUAUCAGAGAUAGAAUCCAAAGCCAAAAAGAUCUUGAUCGGUCUAGGCUUUUCCGAAACUCUCAUCCAGAAACCCAUUUCGAGCUUGUCUGGCGGCUGGCACAUGCGCGCUUCUCUCGCCACGGCUUUGGUCCAGGAGACAGAUAUACUCAUCCUCGACGAACCCACCAAUUUUCUCGAUCUUCUUGGGAUUAUAUGGCUCCAGCGCUAUUUACAGAAUCUUGAGGAGACUGAUAACUCGCCAACUCUUAUCCUCGUAUCGCACGAUCGCGACUUUAUCUCUCUAUGCAAUGAUCUUCUCAUCCUCAAAGACAAACAGCUCACUUACUUCCACGGCGACCUGCCCACAUAUGAAGAAUCGCAAAGUGAGCGUAAGCAAUGGCUUACUUCGAUGAAGGAAGCACAGGAUAAACAAAAGGCUCACAUCGAAAAGUCCAUCGCAGCCAAUAUGAAAGCCGGAAAGGCCAACGAUGAUACCAAUAAACUCCGUCAGGCUAAAUCUCGUCAGAAGAAGCUGGAUAAUCGCUGGGGAUUGCAGGUCAGCGCCAAGGGCGGCCGUUUCAAGCUCAAUAGAGACUUGGUUGGUUAUCACUUGACAGCGCGCGAAGACAUCGACAGCCCGCCUGAGGAUCGCCCUGUUGUUGUGAAUCUUCCUGAACCUCCGGAAUUGCGUUUCCCAGGCGCUCUUACAUCUCUUGAGAAUGUUGCGUUUAGAUACUCUUCCAAGACGCCGCUUGUUGUUCAGGACAUCACCCUUUCCGUCGGUAUGGGAGAUCGUAUCGGGAUUCUUGGUCUCAAUGGUGCGGGAAAGUCGACGCUUAUCAAACUUCUUGUUGAAGAGACUCGAUCAACAUCCGGGACUCUCACGACGCACCCGCGAUUAAAACUGGGUUACUACUCCCAACAUGCCGUGGAAGCUCUACAGUCCCUCGGCCGUUCAGAGCCCACACUUACAGCCCUCGCGCUCCUUACCCGCGAAGUCGAGGGCGAACUUACAGAAGGCGACCUUCGCGGACUUUUAGGCCAACUCGGUCUCCCAGGUCGAAUCGCCUCCGACGUACCGCUGUGCAAACUCUCUGGAGGACAGGUCGUGCGCUGCGAGCUAGCUCGUUUGUUCUGGCGAAGGCCGCAUUGUCUUGUGCUCGAUGAAGUCACCACCCAUCUUGACUACGAGACCGUGACGGCUUUACGGGAGGCAUUGAGGGAUUGGGAGGGUGCUGUGAUUCUUGUGAGUCACGACCGAUGGUUUAUGCGUGGUGUGAUUGAAGGUGCGACGGAGGAUGAUGAGGAUACUGAUGGUGAUGAGGAGGAGGAGAGCGUGAGGAGACGGAAGGUUUAUAGGCUCAAGGGAGGGAAGAUGAGUACACUUCAGAAUGGUGUAGAUGAGUUUGAGCAGCUCAUGGAGAAGAGGGUGAAGAAGCUGCUUCAGGGCUAG